AUGACAGCAGCGGCCACGAAAGUCCUAUUAUCCCAGCAGGGUAGCCGCCGGUGUUUGUGGUUGCCCAACUCCUAUUUCCAUAGAUAUUUUUGCUCCGAACCUAAACAAUACCCAGAUCCCUUAACAAUCGAACCAGUCUCUUACCCGGUAAGACCUGUAAAUGAGAGCCAAGAAAAUUCCCAAGGACAAGAACAGCAGCAGCAGCAACAAUCUCCCGGAAGAAGAAGUCAGCAAGAACAGGGUUGGAGUCGGGAGGACGCCCGUUACAUGAAGGACGCUCCUUCAUCUAUUCCAAUAUCCCCAGUCUCGUACCAACCACGGGUUGCGCCGCUGCCGGAGGACAGAGUUGGAGGAGGGGCUACCCAUGCGGAGAUGGAGAAAGAGAGGAUGAGGAUUGAGGCGCUGGAGAAUCAGAGGAGGAAAGUUUUUAAGGUUGCGGAAGAAAUGGAAAAGCUGCCUUUCCCUAGAUUAAUCAAGCCUGUUAAGAAGGAGAAGAAGCCGGUUUUUGAUUUGAAUGAUGCCAUUAAGCAACUCAAGGCUAAUGCCAGGAGCACUUUUGAUGAGACUGUUGAAGCACAUGUGAGAUUGGGUAUUGAUAAAUCUCGAUCUGACUUGAUUGUUCGCGGCACCUUGACUUUGCCUCAUGGUGGUAAGAAGGCUCUCAAGGUGGCUGUCUUUGCUGAAGGAGCGGAUGCAGAUGAAGCAAGAGCCGCAGGAGCUGAUAUUGUUGGAGGCCUGGGGAAGAUUCUUAACCGUCAGGGUUUGAUGCCGGAUCUUAAACAAGGUACUGUUGUCAGUGAUGUUUCUAGAGCAGUAAAGAAUGCAAAAACGAAUCAAAUUAAGUUUAAAAUGGACAAAUCAUCAAUUGUGCAUGUGGGGCUUGGAAAGGUGAGUUUUACAGAUGAGUCUUUGCGUGAGAAUAUUGGUGCAUUUAUGAAUGCUCUUCUGCAAUCAAAGCCUGCAGGCUUAAAGAAGAGUAAGUAG